UCGACCGUCAAAACUCUGUUCAUUCCUGUUCAUUCCAUCCCAACUCUAUUAUCAGAUUAGAGUUAAAGUUAAAGCAAAAAGUAUAUUGGAAAGCAAGACUUCAACCCUUUCUUCCAAGUUACUUUUACCUUAGUUUCAACAUCUCCAUCUACUCCUUCCACAUCUACCUAGUGCCUACCUUUUAAUCUCUUACCCUUUCAAACUUCUGUCCUCGAUCCUUCAAUCUUCGGUAUUACAAAGUACGACAUAUACAUUUACGACUAUUCUAUCCAAUCUCAUCCUGCUUAUCUUAUUUCCAAGACACCGGAUUCGAGAAAGGUUUAUCUCCAACCAUUGUACUGUGUAUUCACUGCAUUGUUAUCUGAACAAAGUUUCGGAGAAAUCAAUUGGUGGACCGAGCACUUGUCAAUCAUCCAAUAACCCGCCACAACAUACAAAAGAGUCAAAUAGAAUCAGAAUCCCGCCAUUAUUCAUUAUAUCUCUUUUCCCUUUUCCCUCUACGACACCCGAAGUCAUACAGUUAUAACAAAUACAUAAUAAUCCUCCGACUUACGACGCCAUCAACCAUCCAUUCAUAUUCCAUUUAUCAUUAAUCAAUUGAAUAUAACGUGGUUUUAAGUCAACGUAAGAUCAUUUCUCGUCAAACGGAAAUUGAUCUUUUGGUCCUACCAGAGCUUCCCAUUUCCGAGGCUUUGAUUGUAAGGCCUACGAUAACCGCAUCAUCAACCUACCUUUUUCUCUAGGAGGCGUACAACAAAUCGCCGCCAUUCGGUUGCUUUUAUCUUGAAUCGGAUAUCACCGAUAAGCGUCAGAAAUAACAUUUCGCAAACUUCCCAUCCUUCUCCUUCAACUCAACCUUCAAACCUGAAAGUGAAAUUCAUGUUCUUCGAAACAAAUCAACAGACUUUCUACCCUCCUCCUGCUAACACUUACGACUUGACAACGGAGAAAUCGAAAGUCAUGGCAACCGAUUUCGCAAUGCCUGUACAACAGUUCAACACAUCUCCUUCCCAAUAUACUCUGUACAACAGCCACCAAAUCUCCCCAACAAAUACCACACCUUCAACUCCCAAUAAUGCUUCACCUACUUCCCCAAGAAGUGGACUUCCAAAUUAUCUACCAACACAUAUAAGACAGUUGAGACCACCCAAGUCUCCAUUGUAUGUGCCAGCUGUUUUGCGACCCACCGAUCCACCCAAGAGAAUGAUGAGACAAUCACCACUCACUCCACCACAAAGUAUGCAUAGCAGCUUCGAUGAUUUGGAGAACGCGACAACAUUGACACGAAGAUCGACUGGAGAGAGUGGAAAGUUUGGAUUGGGCGCAAUAACUGAAUGUGAAUGGAAUGUCGAAGGACUUGGAAAGGUGACAGCUUUGCCAACGAGAAAUCACUGGAAGGUAUGUUAGCAAAAUUUUCCCAUAUUUAUUUUUCCAUGUCAUUUUGAAGCAAAUGGCGAAGCUGCAAAACUGCAAGAAUAUAAACAAAAGCUUGUUAUUCUCAAGAGGUUUUGGGGCACUGCAGGUAUUUGUAACUUGUGCAAACAAAUGUUGCAAUACCUUGGUGGAUAUUACGUGCUUGGAUUCCGCAAUGGACAAAUCAUCCAUGUCCAAUAAAUGCAAACAAUUCCUCAUCCCUUGGCGGGUCGCGUGCUUCAAAAUUAUCCACCUUGCAUCCCAACAUCUUCAAAUUCUUACUUUAUAAAAUCUACAAAAAUGGGACGCUAACCUUUUCUUCAGCCUGAUUCCAAAUCCUCCAUUUGUGAUGAAACAACCUGUACAAAAUACUUCACCUACUUUACAAGGCGGCAUCAUUGUCGGCGUUGCGGAAACAUCUUUUGCGAUCAACAUUCUGGUUACUCAGUUCCACUUGACCAAGAUGCCAGUUAUCAUCCAAAGGGUACACCAAGCCGCUCAUGCGAACACUGCUACAAUGGUUAUAGAAGUUGGUCCGUUGCACGAUCCAGUCGAUCCAAUAGCGAAAGUUCUCAAGAAGAACCUACAACUCCAGUUGUCAAUUGCAUCAGAGGCAGAGUAGUUGAUAAUCUUCUCGGUGAACAAUUGAAAGGUCCAGCUGAGAGUCUUCCUGCAAGUGUCCCAAGAGACUGGCACUGGAGCACCUUUUAAUCGAAUCAUCGAAAUUUACACAUACAUUUGGACGUUACGAAUUCGACGAAUUCCCUUUAUUUGAUACCAUAUUAACGACAAGAAACGGCCUAUUUGAUUGAGAUGUAAGAACAUACAACAAGAGUCUUCAGACAAUAACGGCAACAACUUUUUCAACAGUCCAAAGUUUACUUGCUCGUUUAAUUUAGCGUUGCUAGUCUACUGCUUCAUCGCGUUUGAAUACUCCAAGAUUCACUUUACAUCUCGAUAUUUCCUUGCCAGAGCCUUUGUGCUUGAGCAAUCUUUUACUUGCUUUAUUCGUCUUUGAUUUUUUGACAAGUUCUUGAGCAAAGAUCUUCCUAUACAUCUUAGAUUAAUGAUUUUUUUUUUUAAGUUUGCUGUUGUUUUAGCGUGGGGUUUUGAUACAAUCAUUCGCCUUUUAUAUCAUCUAGACUUUGAUAUUGGUGAAUGAAUGGGAAGAUUUAGGAGUUUUUAUCUGAGGGAGUGAUUUUAAUGAAUGGCGUUUUAGGCAGGAAUGAAUGGAAUGGAAUGGAAUGAUCAUUAUGGGUAUGGAUAUGGGUGAAUGAAGAUAGGAUGGAUGGUGGAGUGAUACCGCGGGAAUGAUAUGAUAUGGAAUGGGAUUGAUGGUUGGGUUUUGGGUGAUUGGCAAUUUAUGAGAUGAGGAGAACAGAGGAGUGGAGUUAAGGAAGA